AUGAUGUUUCUGCAUAAGGUAUAUAGAAUGACCAUAUAUCACAUGUAUUUAAAAUUCUCAUAGUGGCUACGAAGACACAUUCAUGUGAUAGGUCAUAAGCUACUGUCUCUUUAGCAUUGAAUAUCAUCUACCUUCCUCCUCUCUAUCUUUGAUUAACCUAAGCCUCUCAUCUAUAUAAAGGUUUUGUCAUUUGAGUUCACAACCAACAAGAGUCUUUCCACAUUCCAACUCUCAAAAUAAAUUUUUCAAGUUGUUUCUGGAGAAUAUUUGUAACAUGGGUUUCCAUCUACCUAGAAUUGUUACUGCUAAACAAAGUCUUCAGCGAUCUUCGUCAACAGGAAAUGGAGCAUCUCCAAAGGCUGUUGAUGUUCCGAAGGGAUACUUUGCGGUUUAUGUUGGUGGGGUACAAAAGAAGCGUUUUGUCAUCCCAUUAGCUUACUUGAAUCAACCAUCUUUUCAAGAUUUGUUGUGUCAAGCAGAAGAAGAAUUUGGAUAUAAUCAUCCAAUGGGUGGCAUCACAAUUCCUUGCAAUGAAGACUAUUUCCUCGAUCUCACUCGGAGUUUGAAUGACUCAUGAAGCAGAGAGAUUAGUAUCUAGAAAUAGAUAGUGUAUAUAAAGAAUUAGAAAAAUACAUAAUGUAGACUGUAAACAUUUUUUGAAAUGGAAGAACUUGAUUCUUUGAAUUUAAAUUGUUCUACAAAUUUCAUAGUUCUUUUCGUGAUAGAAACUAGAUGAUGAAACGACAUGAAUGAUACCACUGGCUUGAUAGUUUUACAUAA